AUGCCACGGGGAAGUACACCAGGAAACAGAAAAUUAUGUACAGCUAUUAUAAAACGUGAGCCAGGAACAGAACUGCAAUCGUCGCCUCAAAUUUACAAUUUAACCAGCAUUUAUCGACAGCCACUUAGUGAUACAAAGGACUCUAUUGCAAACUUGCAAGGCCUCAAAAUCGAGGGAGGUUUAACACCAGGAGAAACGUGCUUAAGUCCGAUCGCCGAUAUCAAACAUAUCAUUAAUAGACCACAGGCUAAGCGAAAACUUGAAUUGGAACCUGAAAUAAUUAAUGAAGGAUUCAAAACACCAGGGAAAACAUGCAAGCGGAGAAGAACUACAUCAGAAGCUAGUCCAAAAACUCCUCGAUCUCCUCUUGAGAAGACGAGAUAUGACACAUCACUAGGUCUGCUGACAAAGAAAUUUGUAGGCCUCCUCAAGAAUGCCCGAGAAGGGGUAUUAGAUUUGAACAAAGCAGCUGAACAUCUGGAAGUCCAGAAACGUCGGAUAUAUGACAUCACUAAUGUGUUGGAGGGAAUCAACCUCAUCUCCAAGAAAUCCAAGAACAAUAUACAAUGGAAAGGUUGUACCAACUCCAUAGCUGCCAAUCCAGACUGUCCAGCACUUUCAACAGAAAUUGUAGAUCUACACUCAGAUGUAGCAGAUUUAGAAGCAAAGGAGAACAUGCUGGACAAUCUUAUAGUGAGCUGUACGAAGCAACUCAAGGGCAUGACAGAAGAAGCAGAUAACAAAAAAUUAGCUUACGUUACGUAUCAAGACAUUCGUAACAUUGACACAUUAGACGAACAAACAGUGAUAGCAAUCAAAGCACCACCUGAAACAAGACUAGAGGUACCAGACCCAGAACAAAACAUCCAGAUCUGGUUGAAGAGUUCCAAGGGUCCUAUUGAAGUGUAUCUUUGUCCGGAGGACACGACAGAGAGUGUUGCCGACACAAGCUCGUCAAGUAUAGGUAGUGGGAGUUCCUGUUGUGAGGAGUCAAGUCGGUCAAGCUUUACAGCGUCUGAAGACUCCGCUUCAUGUGACAGUUUUAAAGGCAACCAAGGCUCGGGUGUUAAGAAUGCGUUAUUGGAAUAUCAAGACAUUUCUCCUGAUUCUGUCAAAAACAUUUUACAACAAACAGAGGACCAAGAACUAGAUGCUCCGUUCAUGGCCCUGGAACCACCUCUAGACAUGGAUGAGUACAUCUUAAGUCUUGAUGGAGGGGAGGGAAUUUCAGACUUAUUUGAUGCCUAUGACUUUGAUAUACCUGUGGUGUGA